AUAACCUUGAUUUUGACAUAUGUAUUACAUAUGUUAACGUGGAUAACCGGGUUGUGUUUUGAGAUUUAGCAAAGUGUUUUUUCGAUCAUUUACUUUAUGUAUUAGUAUAAAUAAACUAAAUAUGUAUUUGAUUUGCAUCAGUGUAAUUUUGUUCGUUAGUGUUGUAGCUGACGAAUCGUGUCAAACGUUUGCAGGUGGUAGCGUCUACCCUGCAUCAGAAAAACAAGCCGAUCAUAAUUUACAGUAUUCGAAAGCAGUCAUUUCUAAACAAGCGCCGUACUGGGAGGGCACGGCUGUUAAAAAUGGAGAAUUUGUACAUUUAAAAUCCACGGAUUAUUUAGGGAAAUAUUUAGUUUUCUUUUUUUAUCCCCUCGAUUUUACUUUUGUAUGUCCAACUGAAAUAUUGGCAUUUAGUGAUAGGAUAGAAGAAUUUAAAAAAAUUAAUACAGAAAUCGUUGCUUGUUCAGUAGAUUCUCACUUUACUCAUUUAGCUUGGAUAAAUACACCGAGAAAAGAAGGUGGAUUAGGAAAUGUUAACUUCCCAAUUCUUUCCGAUUUAACUCAUAGUAUUUCGAAAGAUUACGGGGUUUAUUUGGACGAUUUAGGUCAUACUUUAAGGGGAUUGUUUAUUAUCGAUAAAAAAGGAACAGUAAGACAAAUUACCAUGAACGAUUUACCUGUUGGUAGAAGUGUUGAUGAAACAUUACGGUUGGUUCAAGCUUUUCAAUUUACCGACGAAAAUGGCGAAGUUUGUCCUGCAGGAUGGAAACCAGGACAAGAUACGAUUAUACCUAAUCCUGUUGAAAAGAAAAAAUAUUUCGAAAAACAUUGAAUGAAUUCAAUUUAAUUGGACUGAAACAAUAUUUAUUACAUCACACAUAACAACAACAAAGACAUCACUUUUUUAAUUGUUAAUAUCAAUAAGAAAAACUUUAUUUCUAGUAAAAUCUUCUUAAAACCAA